UCAAAAUGGCGACGUCCAUGACAUGUGAAGAUGAAGGUGGGGAAAUAAAAGGACCAGAAACAAAGUGUCGUACCGAGAAAAUGGUGUUUAUAUCUGAGGAAAUGGAGCGAUGGAACUGCUUGAGGAAUAGCCUGGGUUUGGAAGAAAAAGACAACCCAGUUGUUGCAAAAUACUUGCUAGAUUUGUACAGCAAUGUGGGAAGUACUGUCACACAACGAAACAUCCACUCGCUUCCAGACUGGUCACCCCCAGACUCACCAGGCCUCAUCACCAACUCAGGUCUUGAGGAGACACGCAAGAAGAGAAUUGAGGACAUUGCAUCAAAAAUUAGAAAAAGAAAGCUAAAUGAUUGUCAAGAUUCUCUAUCCACUGUGUCGGAGCCACCACCUGCCCCCGCCCCGGUCAGUCCCGUGUCCAGCCAUAUCGUGUUCAAGGAGCUGGACGCACACUCAAUUAUCAUGAUGUCCAGACACCCCGUGGUCAGUCUGGUCAACGACCAACAGAUCCUCGCCCUGGACUCUGCCAUGACCUUGUCUCAAGAAAACAGUCGUAAAUGGAAGCAGUUUUGUGCUGCCAACCGUGAUGGCAAGACCUGCGUGUUGCCAGGCCUGUACAGGCUGUGGCAACAGAACAAGUACCUGGACGCCGUCCUAGUGGUCAACAGGCACCGGGUUGCUCUCCACAAGAUCCUGCUGAUUGGAGCAUCACCAGUGCUGAGUGGCGAGUUCGGGCAGGAGCCCAUCCACGAUAUGAACGAGUAUAGACUCGAAAUAGACAACACUGAUAUGAACAAUACCGUGUUGGUGUCACUGGUGCGCUACCUGUACACCGGGCUGCUGGUGUGUAGUCCCCGCCAACAGAUGGCGCUGCAUAGGUUGGCCAGACUACUGAAGAUCGACAGGUUGUGUGCCAUGUGCAACAAAGUGAAGCAUGCUGGGAGUGCAGACAGGAAGUCAGUGGGGCGGGCAACUAACAAGGGCCAUAAUGAACAAGACAAAGGUGAUGAUGUGUGUGUUGAGAAGCCUGUCAGUCGUGAACACGGUGUAUCCCUGUUAGGGAAUGGACAAGCAGUGAAAGACAACACAGUCAGUACAGAAAUGCGAACCUGCAGUGGUGACAGUGUCAGUAAUGGAAGGUUUGGCUGAGAUGUGCAAGUCGACAAGUGUUGGCUCCACUAUGUCUACAUAGUGAUGAAACGUUUACUCCAUCAAAAGCCCCUACAGAAGAUCAGUUCAGAUGAACCAACCAAAAAAAACCCAGGACAACCCAAUCUAUAUGAAUGAUGAGUGAGUUCUUGAGUCAUCAGAUGUUGCCUUUCAUGAUGAUUUCUUUCGCACCUUGAUUCAGAAAUGUUGAUUUUAUCAAAAGAAAGCCCACACAUUUUUUAUCGAUGGUGCUCCCUGAAGGGUGAAUAUGCGGUGGCACUCAAAAACAACAGGGUGUAUAUAAUAUUCACAACCAUUUAAUCAUGAUGAUGGUGUAUCCUAUACUGAGCUUUUGUUUUCAAGAUCAGAUAUGUUGGUCUGAAUGUUUUACUCACUCCUACCGAAAAAUUGCCUCAAUGCUGAUUGGAUGAUUAGAAAGUUCUCGAUCUUCGAUUAUCCAAGUUCAGAAAGUUAACCUGAUGCAGUCUCCUGUGGAUGGGUGGUCAGAUCUUCACUAAGAGAGGUGUUAUAUCAGGGUUAAAGAUCUGAUGUUAAGGAGACUGAUAAGCAUGAUAAGAACCCAGUAAUGAAAGCAUCAAGCAGGGUAUACAGAUCCUUGAUCAUCCAGGGUGUUGUAUCCAUUCAGUCAUCAUUUAUACCCUAGCUGGGCCCAUUCACAACCUCACCUUUGUUUGGAGUCUGAUUUGAAUGACAUUUAUAAAUACUACAAAUAGCCAUCCAAUCCAGUAACACUCGUGAACGAGAGACAUUUUGUGGAAAGCUACUGAUAAGAAAUGCAGAUAUUUUGACUUCAGUUUCCAAAGGAAGCUCAGUUGCAAAUGGCCCAGGGUAUUUGUCGCAUAAUAAAAUGGAGAUGUUCACACUUCAUCAUGUCGAUCAGUUAGGAUUGGGUAAACAGUAAAUCUUUGUUUGAAGUCACACAUUAACAAUCUCGCUGCCCUCCAAGUGGUCUCCUCCUCAUCUUCAUAUUUUGUUGUUAUGUGGCUCCCAAAGUUGUUGGACAAAGUGACAGAUUCUCUCUGACUUGUGACUGAUCAAUCAUGGGGUUGGGUUGACAGUAAGCAGCAUGUUAAUUACUGUCUGUGACACCAUGGAGAGCAAUACAUGGAUUUGGAACUGAUAUUUAGUAGGCAUGUAUUCACAGGAGUGGACCUGCUUUGUGAAAUCUAGGGCUGGAAGAUUCGUGAAACCAGAAGUAAAAAUAAAGCAUGAACAUGUUCA